CCACCCCCUUCCCUGCCGCAGGAGGUGAGGAAAGGGGACCGAAGCGAGCACGCGGAGCUGAGUCGGAGUCGGUCGGUCGGAUCCACACACCUACGGAACGGAUCGAAGCCACCGGCUUUCUCCCCUCGCCUCGGGUCGCCGCGCCGCGCUCGAAUCGGACCUUGGAUUGGUGCGGCUGCCCGCGCGGGAGCCUGAUAAGCGCGCGCUCCGCCUGUCGAUCUCGCGGCGGGAGGUGGUUAACUACCUGCCGAUUUGAGGAUUUGGGUGCGUGUUUGGGUUUGUGCGUGUGUGGUGGUGUGACCUCGCCGGCGGCGGGUGGCGGAGCUAGGGUUUGAGCGGGCGGGAUGACGCGCCGGGUGCGGCGACGGACGUGCAGGGAGAAGGCUAAGGUGGUGGAGGAGGGCAGGGUACUGCGGGGCUCGUCACGCGUGGGCUCGGUAGGGGCGGAGGAUGAACAGGACGCGGUGGAGGUGGACUGGACGGCGCUGCCGGACGACGCGGUGCUGCAGCUGUUCGCGCGGCUGAACUACCGCGACCGCGCCAGCAUGGCGGCGGCUUGCCGGUCGUGGCGAGCGCUGGGCUCGUCGCCGUGCCUAUGGAGCGCGCUCGACCUCCGCGCGCACAGGUGCGACCCCGAGAUGGCGUCGUCGCUCGCCUCGCGGUGCAGGAGUCUGCGCCGGCUGCGGCUGCGCGGCCAUGAGGCGGCCGAGGCCGUCCCCGGUCUCCGCGCGCGGGGGCUCCGCGAGUUGGUGGCCGAUGGCUGCCGGGGGCUCACGGAUGCCACUCUCGCUGUCCUUGCCGCGCGGCACGAGGACCUCGAGAGCCUUCAGAUUGGGCCCGACCCUCUCGAGCGCAUCUCCAGCGACGCCCUCCGUCACGUUGCGCUCUGCUGCUCGCACCUCCGCCGCCUGCGCCUCUCAGGUCUCCGCGAAGCAGACGCGGAUGCCGUUGGAGCGCUCGCCCGCUAUUGCCCCCUCCUCGAGGACGUUGCUUUCCUUGACUGCGGCGCUGUCGAUGAGGCUGCUCUUGCCAACAUCCACUCCCUCCGGUUCCUCUCCGUCGCAGGAUGCCGCAACCUGAAAUGGGCUACAGCUUCCGCCUCCUGGACCCAGCUUCCCUCCCUUAUUGCCAUUGACGUCUCCCGCACCGAUGUCUCUUCAAGUGCUGUCUCUCGCCUCAUCUCCCACUCCAAAACCCUCAAGCUUAUAUGCACGUUGAACUGCAGUUUUGUCGAGGAUGAACAGACUCACAAUCCUGCUGCAUUUAGCAACUCCAAGGGCAAGCUCGUGCUCACCAUUACAAGCCACAUCUUUAAAUCGAUUGCCUCACUGUUUCCUGGUGUGGAUGCGAAAGAGCACGGCAUGUUCAAUCAAUGUAAAUGGAGGCACAAAGACAAGAUAUCUGAUGAUAUGAUGAGCUGGCUUGAGUGGAUCUUGUCGCAGUCACUUCUUCGGAUUUCAGAGUCCAACCCACAAGGUAUGGAUGACUUCUGGCUGCAGCAGGGCACUGCACUACUGCUUAGCCUGCUGAAGAGUUCACAGGAGGAUGUGCAAGAGCGAGCAGCUACUGCCCUUGCUACGUUUGUAGUUAUUGAUGAUGAGAGCGCGAAUGUGGAUCCUGCAAGGUCGGAGGCUGUGAUGCAAAAUGGGGGCAUCCGAAUGCUGCUGGACCUUGCGAGGUGCUCAAGGGAGAGCGCACAGUCUGAAGCGGCAAAAGCUAUUGCCAACUUAUCAGUGAAUGCCAAGGUUGCCAAGUCAGUUGCAGAUGAAGGUGGCAUUACAAUACUCACUAAUUUAGCUAAGUCGAUGAAUCGGCUUGUUGCUGAAGAGGCUGCCGGUGGCCUAUGGAAUCUCUCUGUGGGCGAGGACCACAAGGCAGCCAUUGCAGCAUCUGGUGGUAUAAAGGCCUUGGUUGAUCUAAUUUUUUGUUGGCCUGCUGGAACUGAUGGAGUUCUUGAACGUGCUGCCGGUGCGCUUGCAAACCUGGCUGCUGAUGACAAGUGUAGCUUGGAAGUUGCAAAGGCUGGUGGUGUCCAUGCUUUGGUUACACUUGCUCGAUCGUGUAAACUUGAGGGUGUCCUAGAACAGGCUGCAAGAGCUUUAGCUAACUUAGCUGCACAUGGAGACAACAACAACAACAAUGCUGCUGUAGGUCAGGAAGCAGGGGCUUUGGAGGCAUUAGUGCAACUAACAGGUUCUCAAAAUGAGGGUGUAAGACAAGAAGCUGCUGGUGCUUUGUGGAACCUAUCAUUUGAUGACAGAAAUCGUGAAGCUAUUGCUGCUGCAGGUGGCGUUGAAGCUUUGGUUUCACUUGUGCAAGAAUGUUUGAAUGCUUCAGAAGGCCUUCAGGAGAGAGCUGCUGGCGCAUUAUGGGGAUUAUCUGUUUCAGAAGCUAACAGCAUCGCAAUUGGACAGGGAGGUGGUGUUGCACCAUUACUCACGUUGGCACGCUCAGAGGUUGAAGAUGUUCACGAGACAGCAGCAGGGGCACUGUGGAAUCUUGCAUUCUAUUCUGGUAAUGCUCUCCGCAUAGUUGAAGAAGGUGGGGUGCCUGUUCUUGUAAGCAUUUGCUCGUCAUCAGGGUCAAAAAUGGCUCGCUUCAUGUCUGCACUAGCCCUUGCCUAUAUGUUUGAUGGAAGAAUGGAUGAAGUUGCAUUGGUUGGGACAUCCUCCCAUAGCAGUUCCAAGAGUGUUAAUGUUGAGGGAGCCAGAAGAAUAGCUUUGAAGCAUAUAGAAACCUUUGUGCUGACUUUUUCAGAUCCACAAUUGUUCUCUAUGGCUGCUGCCUCCUCAGCCCCGGCAGCACUAUCUCAGGUUGCUGAAGCAGUGUUCAUACACGAAGCUGGCCACCUGAGAUGCAGUGGUGCUGAGAUUGGUAGAUUUGUUGCCAUGCUUCGCAAUCCCUCACCAAUUCUUCGUGCUUGUGCUGCCUUUGCCCUUCUUCAGUUCACAAUCCCGGGAGGUCGGCACGCCGUGCACCACACAAGUCUCUUGCAGAAAGCAGGAGCAGGUCGAGUCUUGCGUGCAGCGGCGGCUGCAACAACAGCUUCCAUCGAAGCCAAAAUCUUUGCAAGAAUUGUCCUCAGGAACUUGGAGCACCAUCAGUCAGGGACGUCAACAUGAGCGCGCACGCGCAGCGGAGGUUCAUCCUCCAACAAGGCAUCACGUCCAGGGGCUCUGCUUGGCCAGUGCAGAAUGACGCGAAAUAUCAGUGCAGAAUGACGCGAAAUAUCAGUUCAGGUAGUGUUGGCUUUUCGGAGCUUUUUCAUCACAACAGCAGAUAGUGACCCAAGGAACUGCACCCAAGUUCAGGUGGGGGCCAUUUUCUCUCUCCAUGGCAACUUGCAGACGUUUAUAUUCUCGUGAUCAUUUGGUGUGUAAGAUAAACUUGAAAUUUUUCGCGUCGAUGAGAAUUAUGAAGCGGUAUAUACCUUGUGGAUAUUUAUUAUUUGUUGAUUAGUGUUGAGGUGCGUGGAAGCGUCAGGUAGACUUGUGCUGUUCCUGCUGUUGCAACAUACAUGUAACUUUGUAAAUGUACUGUUUGUUACAUAUUUUUCCGUGCCCUGA